UUUUUACUCCGCCUGGUCUUGGUGGCUUCCUCAAUAUCUGUGUGGUGCCUGCCACCCCGCAGUCCACAGGUCUCCCAGGGGCUUGUUUCUUUCAGCCAUGACUUUUAAAGUUCUCCUGGUGACAGCCCUAGCCUUAUGUCACGGAUUCAAUCUGGACACUGAAAAUCCCAUGACCUUCCAGGAGAAUGCAAGAGGCUUUGGGCAGAGUGUGGUCCAGCUCGGUGACUCUCGAGUGGUUGUUGCAGCCCCCCAAGAGGUAAAGGAUGUUAACCAAACAGGUGCCCUCUACCAGUGCGACUACAGCACCAGGAGGUGCGAGCCCAUUUCCCUGAAAGUGCCCCCAGAGGCUGUGAACAUGUCCUUGGGUCUGUCCCUGGCUGCCACUCCAGACCCCUCCCAGCUGCUGGCCUGCGGCCCCACGGUGCACCAAAACUGCAAGGAGAACACAUACGCGAGUGGACUGUGCUUCCUGUUUGGCUCCAACCUGCUGAGGCCACCCCAGCAGUUCCCACAGGCUCUCAGAGAAUGUCCUCAGCAGGAGAGUGACAUUGCCUUCUUGAUUGAUGGCUCUGGUAGCAUCAACCCCAGAGACUUUCAGAAGAUGAAGGAGUUUGUCUCAACUGUGAUGGAACAGUUCAUAAAGUCUAAAACCUUGUUCUCUUUGAUGCAGUACUCCGACAGCUUCCAGACUCACUUCAGCUUCAACGAUUUCAAGAGAAAACCUGACCCGAGGUCCCAUGUGAGCCGCAUAUCUCAGCUGGGCGGAAGGACGAAAACCGCCACAGGAAUCCGCAGAGUAGUAAGAGAACUGUUUCAGAAAACUAGUGGGGCCCGGGAGAAUGCUGUGAAGAUCCUAGUUGUCAUCACAGAUGGAGAAAAAUUCGGUGAUUCCUUGGAUUAUAAGGAUGUCAUCCCUGAGGCAGACAAAGCAGGGAUCAUUCGCUAUGUCAUUGGGGUGGGAAAUGCCUUCAGCAGUAUGAAAUCCCGCCAAGAGCUUGAUACCAUCGCGUCUAAGCCAGCUAAUGAUCACGUGUUUCAAGUGAACAACUUUGAAGCUCUGAAGACCAUUCAGAACCAGCUUCAGGAAAAGAUCUUUGCCAUUGAGGGCACGCAGACAGGAAGCUCCAGCUCUUUUGAGCACGAGAUGUCUCAAGAAGGCUUCAGUGCUGCCAUCACCUCUAGUGGUCCCUUGCUGGGCACCGUGGGGAGCUUUGACUGGGCAGGUGGAGCCUUUCUGUACACCUCGGAGGAUAAAGCCACCUUCAUCAACACAACCCGAGUGGAUUCAGACAUGAAUGACGCUUACUUGGGUUAUGCUUCUGCAGUCAUCUCGAGGAGCCGGGUCCAAAGCUUGGUUUUAGGGGCACCUCGAUAUCAGCACACUGGCCUGGUGGUGAUGUUCAGACAGAAUUUCGGUGCCUGGGAGCCCCACGCUGAUAUCAAGGGCAGCCAGAUUGGCUCUUACUUCGGGGCCACCCUCUGUUCCGUGGACAUGAAUGGUGAUGACAAUACCAACUUGAUCCUCAUUGGGGCCCCUCAUUUCUACGACCAGACCCGAGGAGGCCAGGUGUCAGUGUGUCCUUUGCCUAGGGGGCGGGCGCAGUGGCGGUGUGAAGCUAUUCUCCGUGGUGAGCAGGGCCAUCCCUGGGGUCGCUUUGGGGCAGCUCUGACAGUGCUGGGAGAUGUGAAUGGGGACAAGCUGACAGAUGUGGCCAUCGGGGCCCCAGGAGAACAGGACAAUCAGGGUGCUGUCUACAUUUUUCACGGAGAAUCAACAGUCAGCAUCGGUAUCCCUCACAGCCAGCGGAUCACCGGCGCCCGCUUCUCCCCCAGACUCCAGUACUUCGGUCAGUCUCUGAGUGGGGGCAAGGACCUCACAAUGGACGGCCUGACAGACCUGGCUGUUGGGGCGCAGGGGUCCCUCCUGCUGCUCAGAGCCCAGCCUGUGAUAAGACUUGAGGCAAUCCUGGAAUUCACUCCCAAGAUUCUGUCAAGGAGUGUGUUUGAAUGUCAAAACCAAAUGCAGGGAAACAGGGAUGCCGGGGAGGUCAGAGUCUGCCUCCGCGUGCGCAAGGUCACCAAGGAUCGGCUUCAAGAAGGAGAUAUCCAGAGCACUGUCACUUACGACCUGGCUUUAGACCCUGGCAGCACACUUGUCCGAGCCAUCUUUGAGGAGACCAAGAACAACACACGCAGGAGCACCCGGGUCUUUGGAUUGACACAGAAAUGUGAAACCCUGAAGCUGCAGUUACCGAACUGCGUGGAGGAGUCAGCGAAUCCCAUCUUCCUGCGCCUCAACUAUACACUGAUCGGGGAGCCCUUGCGCACCUCUAGGGACCUCCGGCCAGUUCUGGCUGUAGAUGCUCAGAGGUUCUUCACAGCUAUGCUUCCCUUUGAGAAGAAUUGUGGUAAUGACAGCAUUUGCCAGGAUGAUCUCAGCAUCACCAUGAGUUUCAUGGGCCAGGACACCCUGGUGGUGGGAGACCCUCGGGACUUCAACGUGAGUGUGACUGUGAGAAAUGACGGUGAAGACUCCUACGGGACCCGGGCUACCAUCUACUACCCAUCUGGCUUGUCUUACCGGAAGGUGUCAGUGAACAAGAAUCCGCUUACCCAGAAGUCUUGGCGGGUGAACUCUGAGCCCAUCUCUUCCACUGAAGGAUACCGGGCUCUGAAGAGUACCACCUGGAGUAUAAACCACCCCAUCUUCCCUGCUAACUCCGAGGUCACCCUGACUAUCACAUUUGAUGUGGACUCUGAUGCUCCCCUGGGGAACAAACUGCUCCUCAAGGCCAAUGUGACCAGUGAGAACAACAUGUCCAGGACCCACAAAACGGAGUUUCAGCUGGCACUGCCUGUGAAGUAUGCCAUCUACGUGGUGGUCACAAGUGAUGAGAGUUCUACCAAAUAUCUCAACUUCACGGCUGCAGAGAUGACCAGUCAGGUCAUACAACAUCAGUACCAGUUCAACAACCUGGGCCAGAGGAGCCCCCCCAUCAGUGUGGUCUUCUGGAUCCCUGUCCAGCUCAACAAGGUGACCAUAUGGGAUCAGCCCCAGGUCAUCUUCUCCCAGAAUCUCUCAAGUGCCUGUCACACUGAGCAGAGACCCCCCUCUCGCUCCCAGUUCCGGGAUGAGCUUGAGAAGACCCCAGUGCUGAACUGCUCUGUUGCAGUCUGUAAGAGAAUCCAGUGUGACCUCCCAUCCUUCAACACUCAGGAAAUGUUCAAUGUCACCCUCAAGGGCAAACUGUCAUUUGACUGGUAUAUCAAGACUUCACAUGACCACCUCCUGCUUGUGAGCACCGCUGAGAUCCUGUUUAAUGAUUCUGUGUUUGCCCUUCUUCCAGGGCAGGAGAUGUUUGUGAAGUCCAAGAUGGAGACCAAAGUGGAGCCGUAUGAAGUUCACAACCCUGUACCACUGAUUGUGGGCAGCUCCAUUGGGGGGCUGGUGCUCCUGGCCAUUAUCACUGCUGUCCUCUACAAGCUGGGCUUCUUCAAGCGGCAAUACAAGGACAUGAUGAGUGAAGCUGCUCCCCAGGAAGCGCCCCCACCGCAGUAAUGGCUCUUUCUCCAUGGAGUGACCUCCCCAGCAAGCAGGUCUGGUCGGAUCAACACCCAGGUCCCGAGGCUGAUGGACAGACAUGUCCUCUAGAAGACUGUUGCAGUGAUGUCUUAUACAGGAAUGGCUUGGUGUGUGUGUGUGUGUGUGUGUGUGUGUGUGUGUGUGUGUGUGUGUGUGUGUGUGUGAAAGAGAGAGAGAGAGAG